AUGGAACUCCAGAUCCCCUUUUCUCUCCUUUUCUUUGCUGCCAUAUUCUUCUUAUUCUUCAAGGCGCUUAGAAGCUCCAACUCCCUUGAUACAAACAAAAAGCUUCUUCCACAACCAUGGAAGCUCCCUCUGAUUGGACACAUGCAUCAUCUCAUUGGCGCACUCCCACACCGAGCUGUAGCAAACUUAGCCGAAAAACUAGGGCCAGUCUUUUAUCUUCAACUCGGUGAAGUGCCCGCUGUGGUAAUAUCAUCUCCUCAUUUGGCCAAAGAAGUCAUGAAAACUCAUGAUCUCGCUUUUGCAGACAGACCCAAACUUUUAACUGCUGAAAUCAUUGCCUACAACUACACAGACAUCGCCUUCGCCCCUUAUGGGGAAUACUGGCGACAGAUUCGUAAGAUAUGCGUCUUGGAGCUUUUGAGUGCAAAAAAGGUCCAAUCAUUUCGAUCUAUUCGUGAAGAAGAGUCUUGGAACCUCAUCGAAUCCAUAGAUAUGCAGACAUCAAAAUCAAUCAAUCUUUCUGAUAAGACUUUCACGUUGAUAAACAACAUCAUUUGUAGAGUUGCGGUUGGGAGCAGAUGCAAGGAGCAGGCAACACUUAUUGCGUUGAUUGAAGAGAUUGUAUCUUUAUCCGGUGGUUUUGAUGUGGUUGAUAUAUUUCCAUCUGUCAAAGUACUACAUGUAGUUGCUGGCAUGAGGAAAAAGUUAGUGAAGUUACACAAGAAAAUCGAUCAGAUUUUUGAUAGCAUCGUAGACGACCACCAAGAACGUCGUGCAGCUGGACACAUCAUAGACAACGAAGACCUUCUUGAUGUUAUAUUGAGGCUUAAAGAAGAUGGCGGGCUACAGUUUCCGUUAACUUCGGACAACGUCAAAGCAGUAAUCCUGGUUAGUAACAAUUUCAUGCAAAAUCUUGGUUUAUCGUUGCAAAAAUUCCUUCGCUAA